AUGGCGGUCUGCGCUCGGCUUUGCGGCGUGGGCCCGGCGCGGGGCUGCCGGCGGCGGGGGGCUCAGCAAAAGGGGGCGGCGGGCGACAGCAGCGAGCCAGACACGGACCCUGAGGAGGGAGGCGGCGGCGGCUGCGGGGAGGCGGCGGCGGCGGAGGACGACGACGCUGCCGAGGAGCGCAUCGAGGGGGCGGCCUUGGCCGAGAGCAGCCCUCGCAGCCGGGCUCCGCUCUCGCUCCUCGACCUCCCACCGGAGCUGCUGGUGCAGAUAUUCGGCUCGUUGCCCGGCACCGACCUGCCCAACCUGGCCCUCGUCUGCAGCGCCUUCAGGCGCAUCCUCCGCACCGACACCAUCUGGCGCCGGAGGUGCAAGGAAGGUGAGCUUCCCUCCGUGUGUAGGUAGCAACCCGCUCCCAUUUCUGAGGCGACCCGAAUCCUCGCUUCCCAUCUCUCCCCCCCCCCAAUAUAGCACAGGAGUAGAAGGGGAGCUUUGUCCAUGCCCACAGACAGAUGCGCAGACCUCUGCAAGGCUUGGUAUGAAGAAGUUUAAGGUGGGAGGAGGAAGCAGUAAUGAAGAGAGCUGAUUUGGGUGGAGGAGCUGCAGAAGGGGUGCAGGUUAAAGGAAGGAGGCAAAGCCUCAAAAUAGAGGAAAAUAAGGCUCAAGUCGCAGAGAGUUGGAAGCCUUAAAUCUGGUGAGUUCAUUUAUCUCACCAAACAAUGGUGGGGGUCAUAGGCUGCAUACACGCUACGCCUUUAAAGCAAAUUCCGCCACUCCAGAGAAUCCUGAGAAGUGUAGUUAACCCCUCACAGAUCUUCAUCAAUACCUGGCCUUAACAGUCCCCAGGAUUCUUAGAGGGAGGAACUUUGAAUGUGAUUUAAAUAUAUGGUAUGUUCACAGCCUGGGUAGGUCAGAUGAUGCCAACAGAAGAGGAUACCAUGUGGCACUGGUGUUUUUGCUUGGGAAAUGAAUGCUGGUAGUUCAGAUGGAAAAAAACAGCAAAGGGUUGGCUGGUGGCACCUUAAAGACAAACAGAUUUUUACUGUGGCAAAAGCUUUCAUGGGCUACAGGUGAAUUCAUCAGAUCAAAAACCUGAUAUUCACAAAUGCUUCUGCCACAGUAAAUCUGUUAGUUUUUAAAGUACUGCCUCUUGCAGUGCAAACAACAGGCAGAGCUACUUUCUGAAGUUCUUACUAUCCAGACGAAAAGGCAUUCUAAAAGAAAGGGACUAUCUGUAUCUUGGGAAACCCAUAAAAUCAAAGCUUUAAAAACAUCAGGGUAAUUGAAUUAGAAGCAGGGCAGCUGAAAUUUGCUUAAAAGACUUGAGGCAUAGGAGUGCCUUGCACUGUGACCUUUUAUAUUUUAAAGUACCAGAGCUUUUUUUGUUUGUUUGUAGCCUAACUUGAAACUUGUGAAGGGAUAUUUAGAAAUUAUUUACUCCACCCCUUCAACAGAAGGUUGCAAGGCAGUUUACAGCUGUGCAACACACAAACUUAAAAGGAUAACUGAGCUGAGGCAUGGAGGAUUCUGCCUUGACAUAGUAGAUUGAUUUAUGACCUCCUGGUCCUUCCCUAUCCUGUGAUUCUGUAAUUCUUGUAAUACCAUUCACAUCUAUGUUUCGAGAUUCAGCAUAUCAGCAGCAUGGUGCAUACCUAAAAAUGGGCAGCCUAAAUUAGACGAGAGCGAAGAGAGCAGGAAUGGAAACAUAGGUGGAUUUGGGAAGAUUUAGUGGAAGUACAGUUAAGACAGAAUUCGGGAAGUUCAGGAGAAGCUCUUCUCAAAAACAUGGAUCUCAAAUCCUAUGAGCCACUGGGAAAGAAAGUAGUCUAGAAACUUAGGCUUCAGUACAAAGUGAAGUAGACCAGAGGAAGGCUCUGCUGUAUCUAGCUUGUAAACUGAGGUACAAGAAAAAUUGCUGAUAAAAAAAUACUUAUAGAAUAUUGAAUUAUCCAGAAAAUAGGUAGAGACUAGUUUUGACAUCAACUUAUAGACUGCUCUAGUAAUGUAAAAUGCUGGCAUUUAUAGAACUCCACUUCAGUCUUAUGAGGUACGAAUACAUGUAAAUCACAAACCAAUGACAUAAACUAGGUCUGUACAACUGUGUCGCAGCAAGCUAAGAACAGCCCAGCAACUAUGUACUGUGAACUGUUGGGUACUUGGACAUCUCCCCAAUUAUAUAUAUAUAUUUAUUAUAGGUGGCAAACAACACAAGGAAGCUACCCUUCAGUAGCUUCAGGGCCAACCUGCCCAUGAGGCAGUUUCCUCAGGGUGGCAAACUCCAGCUGCUGCCUCCUUCCCUGUGUGCCUGCUGCUGCACACCCACCCAGUGGCACAGGGUGGCAGUGGGUACUCAGGUGGGUCACACAGGCAUGCAGUGGCAGCAUUUUCUGUUUUGCCUCUAGUGGCAAAAUGUCCUGGGCUGUCCCUGGAUGGGAGUCAUUUGGCUUGGUGAGUUGCAAGUUGGCAAAACAUGAGGCAACUAUACAUGUUAUUUACAUGUUAAAGGGUCCAUCCCAUCAGCUUUUAUUUAUAAGAUGAUUAGCCAGCAAUCUUAGCUUGCUAUUGGAUUGAGAGUGAUGAACCCAGGCAUGGAGGUAUCUCCUCAGUUUUCUCAAAUCAACGCUUGGGAUGAAGAGUGCUGCUGUGCUCACCUGGGAAAUACGAGGCCCAAGAUGAUAUUGAGUGUUCAAAGACUAGGGUGAAGUUUGUGGUAUGAAGGAUACAUUGAUGGCAGCUGUCAUUCAUUCAUCUUAUACCCGCACUGCUAAAUUUGGGAACCCCAACCACAAUACAUUUAAGGGGAUUGCUUGCCUGCUUCAAUUGGUGCUCUAUUGAACAUUUCCCAGCAAGAUCACAUCCUGCCAUGCACUUUUUGUUCCUCUUCUUCAUAUUGCAAAUGGAUUCAUGCCCUCUGGCCCAUUAGUGAGGACCCACACCAGCUGUAUCUGUUGCCAGCUAUGAAGUCAUGCUUUUUGGCCUUGCCAAGAAGAACUUUGGGGUUGGACAUCUGAGUGCAGCCAGCAACUGCAUUUGGGUGAGCUGGAGACUUUGGGUACAUUAAGAAUGCUGUCUGCAGCUGCAAGAACUUAUUUCUAAUUUGUUUGAUAGCCUCAUUUGAGGAUAUUUGCCAACAUUGACUCAUCCUUGUGGAUAGGCUUGGAACACACUUUAAAUGGAUUUUGCAUCAUGUUGCCUCAGCUUGCUGCAUUCUUUCUUGCCUGGCAUGAUUUUGGGCAAGUGCCAUCUUAGUUCCAUCACAGUUAUUGGGGAAAAUAAAGGGGUGGCAUCUUUCUUUGUGUCACUUAAUGUCAUGGCAGUUGUACAUAGAGGCCUCAUCAGUUUUCUAAAUUGGGUACAAAGCUCUGUUUUCCUUAAGCCUUUUCUAUAGCUGGAAGGGAUAUUCCUGGUUGUCUAAAUCUAAUAUAGCCCCCAUCCAUAAAACAGAAUAUCUGAAUCUUCAAGGAUCUUAAUGUCUGCCCUGCCAAGACAGAUUAUUAUCUAAUGACCUGCUUGCAUGGAGCUAGGAAAAAAAUAGAUAACAAAAACCAUAACCUAAUUUAUGGUUAAAUAUGGAUUGUUUGUUCUUGGAUAUAAUUUUAUACCCUUUUUUUGGAAUUAAUCAGCCAUUUUCUUUUAUGAGAAAGACUUGGAUCUUUCCUAAUGUAGAAAGUAAUGAAGAAAGCAGCAAAUAAACAUAAACAGACCAUGCUUGGCAGACCCAAACCACAGGUACAGCUAGAGAGUUUUGAUAUUGCACAGUUGUUGGUAGUGGUGGAGUUGGUGUUCUUAACUUCUGGUUUGGGUUGACGUCAGAGCUAAGAUGCCAGACAGUGGGAUAAUAGGUUUUGGGUUACUGGCAUGCAAGCUGCUGGAGUCAGAUAAGACAUGGUUGCCAUCCAGUGUGGUGCAUGUUUAUUUAUUUGUUUAUAUUCCAUUUAGAAACACAUAUUUGAGUGUGAGAUGAUCAAACUCAAUAUUUUAGCCACAAAGAAUGUGAUUUUACCAUCUUCACAGCCAUUCAAUACAGCAUUUUGUAUUGCUGUAUUAUGGCACUAAUAUAAGUGCUUAUAUAGAAGCCACAUGUUGCAGAUGCUGCCUAAUUCUGCUUCUUAUGACAGAAUCCCAUUCAUGCAGGUAGCAUUGUCUCUGAAGCCCCCUAAUUGCCUUGUAGUCAGGUUUGCAAUCAUCACCAAGACAGAAAUGUUUAUUUCUUUUUCACGACUGCCCACUAUUAAAUGUGCCAGCAUCUUAUUAUGGCCUUAUUUUGUUCUCUCCUUAAAAACCCAAGCUCUGCCGUGUGUCAGAAAUUACAAGUUUUUUUAAUGGCCUUUCUCUCUUUUAGAUACAGUAUCUGAAGAAGUGUGCAUGCACACGAAAGCUCAUACCAGUGACAAACUUAGUUGGUCUCUAAGGUGCUACUGGAAGGAAUUUUUUAAUUUUGUUUCUCUCUUGUAGUUCAUCAAGAAGAGAGAGAUUUCCCCAAGCAUGUCCAACUUAGCCUGCAUAGCUCAGUUGGUUAGAGUAUGGUGCUGAUAACACCGAAGUUGCAGGUUUGAUUCCCAUAUGGAACAGCUAUCUAUUCCUGCAUUGCAGGGAAUUGGACUAGAUGAUUCAUAGCACAUGUGGGCAACUAGACCAUGGCAGUUGGCACUCAAUGCAGCAAUUCCAGAGCGGCUUGGAGUACACUUGUGGGUCAUGCUGGUAACUGCCUACUUUGUGUUGUCUGUAUGUUUGUUCCCUUUUACUUUUUUGGAGUUUGUGAGCAAGUAGAUUCUGCGAUUUUUGUGGAGCUGUGGAUUUCAAUUCACUUUUUGGGCAAAGCUAUAAAUAGGUGGUACUGACUGUUCCCCGGGCGUGGAAGCAAAUUGGCGCCUCUCUCUCCUCCCUGUAGCUCAGCUUACCUUGAUUAAUCAACAGUUUCCAUGCUCCAUUUGUUUGUUUUUAAAUGCUAAGUGAUUUGACCUUUGUCUUUAAAAGAAAGUGUCCAGGGUGUGGCAGUGAGCCCUCCUGGCAAAGUGAAUAGUGGCUUGAGUUCAACAGAGGGCAUGAAUGGCUAACAAACAACUUGCUUUGCAGAUUCCUGUAGCUUUAGAAUGCAAGACAGGGUGACUGAAGCUAUUAGGAUUAGACUGCAGUUGAACCAGCUGUUCCACCCUGACCGCAAGCACUUUGCUGUUCAUUGAAAUGGAGGGAACAAGCCUGGCCCACACCUGAUAGCUAAUAGGAAAGUCCUAGUGCAGGAGUCAGCAAACUUUUUCAGCAGGGGGCCGGUCCACUGUCCCUCAGAUCUUGUGGGGGACCGGACUAUAUUUUGAAAAAAAUAAUGAACGAAUUCCUAUGCCCCACAAAUAACCCAGAGAUGCAUUUUAAAUAAAAGCAUUUUACUCAUGUAAAAACACUCUGAAUCCCGGAUGAUCUGUGGGCCAGAUUUAGAAGGGAUUGGGCCAGAUCCGGCCUCCGGGCCUUAGUUUGCCUACGCAUGCCCUAGUGAGUUAGACCUUUGCUCAUGUAGAGUAGAUAAGCAAAGGUGUUUCCUCACACCAAGAAGGAAUUUACUUCAGAUCAGACUAGCAGUGACUUUGGAUGUGUUCUGCCCAUCCCAUCCGAGUAUGCAGUGUUCACUUUGACUUAUCUGGAGCUACUUGUUGAGCAAGUAUCUUUGUGGGGCACCUGCUUGUGGCAGAGGAGGGUCCGGACUAUGGCAGGAGUAGUGGGUAACGUUGCCUUUGAACAGGGAGUUAAACUACAUGGUGUUUUCAGCCUUUCCUGCUAGUACAGACUUAAAGCAUGGCUAUUUUCUCUAAUUUUGUUAAUUUAAUCAGAUUUUUGUCAUCCAAGUUGCUCAGGAAGAGGGUAUUUGUCUCCUCUCCAAGGUCACCCAGUGAUCUUCUUUGCAAAAUGGGGAUUUGAACCCUAAUCUCCCCGGAAGAUGUCCAGAUUAUAGUAUGUGGUUUCUGUUUGUUGCUAGGAGUAUACAUUUCUAUCUGCAUAGAACAGCUUUAAUAUUUAAUUUUCUCUGGUGAUUUGCAGCAGCGAGAGUGGUUGUUUGUGUGUUUUAAUAGCCUUAAGGGUAACAGUGCAGUAUUUCUCACAGAAAAAAGCAACAGCCUAUUGUAGGAAGCAAAAAGGAUAUUGAUUUUCUAGAGGUCUGUAGCUAUAUCAAAUACACUGAGUUUUUUUACCCCAGUAUCCAGUCCUCACCCCACCCCACCCCCGUAUCCAGAAUAAAUGACUAUUAUACUUGGCUUUACAGUAUUCAGAGCACUUAACAUACAUUAUCUCACUAAAACCUUACAACAAUCCUGCAUAGUAGAAAAACAGUAAUGGUCACCAGAUUGGAAAAGGCUGCUUUAACAUGUUUAAAACUGCUAUGUGCCGUACAUUGAUUAAGGCUGCAAUCCUGUACACACAGCUGGAAGUCGCAUUGCUCAGUUAAACUUCUGACUACUCUAAAAAUAAAAUAGGGCUGGGUUAACAAUACUGGUGGCCCUUGUAGCUAUUGAAUUAUCAGAGCAAAUCUGAAUCAUGAGAAAGCAAGACUGGCAAAGCCUGAGGACUGUUGUCUUGGUACUGGAUAGCUCUUGUGUAAAUACAGGCUUUGUUUUUUGUUUUUUUAAUUUGGUGUGAGUUAAAGGAGUAACUUUUCAGAUAUAAGGGUGAUCUGUGUGCAUUUGAGCCUAUUGAGAGAUCUUUGAUUGGAUCAGCUUCUUGGUACAAUUUUUUUAAAAAUUGACCUUUUCCACUUCAUAUUGUUCCUCUCGCCAGCCAUUGCUAAGGGACCUACUCACUAACGCCCAGAGUGCUUGCCUUAACCUGCACCCAGAUCUAACAGUAUUUUGCCCCUUAUACUAGAAACCUAUUUGUUGUGUUAUAGUUCUGUUCAGUAUUUGAAACUCCCAUUGUUCUAGGCGCAUUUUGCGACAGGGAAUUUCAUUAGUGUGAGCAGUUUCUGAGCUCUGGGCACAGUACUGCACCUACGAUUUUAGAUUAAAACUGCAGAGUAGAAGGAAAGGAGGACCUUUUUCUGCCUCCUCACUUCCAGCUUCUCUCUGAAGACUGGAGAAGAGACCCCCCUUAAGAAUAUUAGGGGGUGAGCAGGGGAAGGACUAGAUCAUGUGAAAAAGGGACAUAAUAUUUUAGCUGCAAUUCAUUCAUUUUGAGCUUUGUAUUACAGGUAUUGUUAUAAAAAAAGUGCGCCUAGACAUUCCGUUGUUGCUCCCAUAAUGGAGGUUUAAGGUGCCAUUUAGCUCUUAGCUUUCAUAUCACAAUUUCUAACCCAGGUUCUUUUUAAAAUAGUGUGUGACAGUCUCUCUUAGACAUAUGUGCAAAUAAACACAUCAUAUGGUGUACCCUGAAAUGGCUUCUGCAAGUCAGAGGCUGUGAUCACUAAUUUAGAAAUGGGUAAACCCUCAGCCACUAUAGUUAUGGAUGAGCUUUGUGUCAGAAGAUCUUUGGUGUCUGAUGUCUAGCAGGUGCUAGAAGUGUAAAGCUGCAGUUUAAAUCCUCUACUUUAGAAAGCUGGUCUGAUUUUAACUAGUACAUCUAAGGCCUGGAACAAAUAGACUCUUGGUACUGGUAGACGGGCAUGUGGUCUGUAGUGGCUGUGGGUGCCUUCCGUUUUGUCAUUUAUUUCCUCCCCCAUGGUGGUUGUAGCAGUUUUGUAAAUUGACCUAACUCCUGUGAAUUGUUUUUCUUUUUCAAAAUGUAGCAAAAACCAUUUGUGUGUGUUUAUAGUUAGAAACAUCCAGCAAUAUGCAGUGCAAUGAACUGAGAGGGUGCCAUUGCCAUGACAUUGAUUGGCCAGGGAGCAGGCUGCACUGUGCCCAUGUUCCAACACACUCAGGGAUCCUUCAUUACAUGGGAUUGUGGGGGACCAAUCCUGCUGAAUGCUUAGAAUUUUGAUGCUGGGGGUUAGAAAUGUGAUCACGCACGCUCCCCCCAACAAGUUCUGUUUAAAUUUACAGUAAAGCCAUGUGUUGUGGCCUAACAUUCUCAUCCCCUGCUACGCCAUGAUUUUGUUUUGUUUUUUGCACAUCUUGGCAGCCAUAGUAAAACAAGACAUAUUAAGUCAUAUACACGUGGAGUCAGUAGCAUGGCAGGGUAGGCAGGCGGGCGGGCAGAGUCUCUUCCAAAUGCACUGGUAUGCCAUUACUGUCAUUUUAUAGAAGUGGAAAUGGAAGCUGAAUAACCCAGUUUUAAAAGCUUUUUCCCCAAUGAGUUUUAUUAAGUUUCAAUAUUUUUAAUCUAUAAAAUCAAGAUGCAAUUUCAUCUUUUCUCUUUAUUUUUAUCAACAUCCCACCCUGUUUUCCUUUUCUUUUUCAUUUCCUUUUCUUAUUAGUUUCCCCAAUUUUUAAUAAAUCAGUGCCAAAUUACAUCAAAUUUAAUACAAUUUCCCCAGAAACUUGACUUCCCACUUUCGUCCUAGGUGUGUCCUCUUUCCCUCCCAUUGCUGCUUGAAAUUACAUUAUAUUCAAUUUACAAUUAUUAAUUAUUAUUUGAUCAAUUCCUGCUCAUAUAUUUACAUAACAAUAACAUAUUCCCUUAAAGUACAAAAGAGGUUAUCCACUUUAAAGCAUUACUUAUUACUUCUAUAUUAACUUUUCUUUCUUUUCUUUUUUCUUUUUUAAAUUAAUCUUUAUUGGUUUAAAAUCAAAACAUACACACAACAAAAGCUUGCAAAAAGGAAUAAAGAAAAAGGAAAGAAGACGAAACAAAAGUAGCACGAUACAUCUCUUACAAACAAAAAACAGUAGAACAAUACAUCACAAAUUCACAGAAAUGUUCUGACCAUCAACUUCCAACUUCCUUGAUAUGGGUUCUUUGUUUUCCUAAUUACUUGCCUCUGUUUUUCAAUAAACUCUGUCUUUAUUAAAUAUUGUUUGUCUUCUUUAUACCUUAAUCAAUUCUGAGUGUUAUUCGAAGCAUUCUAAAGUUUUUUUAUGGGGACACUGUUCUUUUGAAUAUUGUCUAUAGAUCUCCCAUUCUCUUUUGAACUUUUCGGUUGAUCAAUCUCUGAUCUUUUUUGUCAUAUACAGUAUGCUAGUUUCAUGUACUCAAGCAUUUUUACUUGCCACUCCUCUUUUGAUGGAGUUUUAUCUCCUUUCCAUCCCUUGGCAAUCAGCAUCCUUGCUGCCGUUGUUGCAUUAAAAAAAAUCCUUCUUUUCUCCCUUGGGAUGUCUGAUGCCAUUAUGCCUAAUAGGAAGGUUUUGGGUUUCUUAUUGAACGUUAUUUUGAACAGUUUUUUAAAAAUUUAUUGUAUAUAAGUUCCCCAAAGCUCUUUAUUUUUUUGCAACCCCACCACAUGGAGUACACCGUGCCCUCUAACUCUCUACACCUCCAGCAUAAAUUUGAGUUGGUUCUGUACAUUUGGGACAGUUUGUUGGGGGUGAUGUACCACCUGUAUAGCAUCUUCAUAAAAAUUUAUUUUAUAGUGAAGCAGGCUGUGAAUUUCAAUUCCCUUCUCCAUAAAUUUUCCCAUUCCUCCAUUUGAAUAUUGUAACCAAAUCUUUUGUCCACUUAACCAUGACUUAUUUUACCUCUUCUUCCUUUACUUCGCAAUCUAAUAAUAAUGUGUACAUUUUGGAAAGUUGUUUUUCUUUAUUUUUUAAUAAACCUUUUUCUAAUUCCAAAAUUUCCAUCACAAAACCUAUUUUUUAAUCAGCCUUAAAGAUUUUCAAUUGGUGGUAUUGUAACUAACCUGUAAGAUUUUUUCAGUUUUAGCUGGGUUUUAUCCUCUUCUAAUAAAUCUUUGUAUGUUGCCCAAUUCUUAUUCAUGUUUUGUUUUCUUUCCUGUGAAGGCUUCAAGUGGAGAUAACCACCAGGCUUAUCCCAUAUUUAUCCCAUAUACCAUAUAGUGAUUUCCUUAACACGUGAUUCAAAAAACCCCUGAGAACCCUUACUUUCCCUAACAGCAAAGACAAGCCACUUUCCUUUCUUUUCAUCUUGCAUGUGCUGCCAUCUGUGCCAUCUUCUCCACCAUCCGUCACCUUUCAGUAAGCCAGUGUCCAUUUCCUGUCCAGUUCCAUAUUGUUUUGCAAUUCAUGUUGUCUCCACAGCAUUUGCACCACCCCGUUUUCCAUGGAGUUGUUGUUUCUCCCCUUCUGCUGCACCCUAUCUUCUAUAUAUUAAAUCACAAUAUUAUAAUCUAAUUACUUCUGUUGCUCAUAGCUCAAAUCCUACUUGCAAGUUCAUCAUAUUAUAAUAUUUAUAUAAAUAGUCCAAAAAAGGCAUCCAUUCUUCCAUAGAACACUCAUCAUUAGAUUCUCUUAAUUUUGCUGUUAAUUUUGCCGGUUCUGCAUAGUCCAUUAUCUUACUUAUCCAUUCUUCUUUGGUUGGAACGUCUUCUGUUUCUGCGCAUAUAGAAUCCUAGCUGCUGAUAAACAGCUUUAACAUUUUUUGGGAUUUCUGCCCCUAUGAUUCCUAACAGAAAUGUUUCAGGCUUUUUUUAUAUCUACUCAUUUUAAACAUCUUUUUUAUUUUGUCAUGUAUCACUUCCCAAAAUACCCUCGCUUUCUUGCAAGUGCACCACAUAUGAAAAAAAACCCAUCUACCUGUUUACACUUUCAGCAAUUAUUAGGAAACAUUUUAAAAAGUUGAAUUUAUAUUCUGGACUUAAAACAACAAAUAUGACUGCUAGGACAGAGAUUGAAAAACACAUGGAGAUGCUGGGCUUUUUGUUGCUUUUUGACUGUAUUCUAGAGCUGAUAGUGCCAGGGUGAUUAAAAAUAAAGGUGGAAGCUUGCAAGGGCUUUCUUAAGUGGAAGCUCCAAGGAUUCUAAUGGAAAAGGCUGCUGGACAUCCUUACCUCUGGACAGCAGAUGGUAUGACCUGACCUAUUUAAUUGCAGAAUAUGGUGUCUGCGAGAACCUGCGAAAGCUGGAGAUCACAGGAGUGUCCUGUCGAGAUGUAUAUGCCAAACGUAAGUUUCAAGCGCUUGGGAUCCUUUUUGAGUUUCAUUGUUGAAAGUGAAUUUGAAAGUGAAUUUUUAACUUGAGCAACUCAAUAGUCUAGACAACAGCAGAGCUGUGUGUCAACAGCAAUGUUUCUCUUAUCUGUAAAUCCAUAUUGAGAUUAGUUCAUUUAGCACUUACAUGCACUCCAGAAAUGUCAAGAUUUAGAGCAGCAUUACCUCUAUUUCCCAUCUCUCUAAACUUAAAUACAUUUCUAAAAGGCAUCAGCACUCUGUGUGACUCUUUUAUACAUGAGUGUUUAUGAUUAGCAGGCGUAGCAGCUCCCCAUUCCCCAGUGAUGUAUAAGUCUGGUGCUUCUAUUGUAGGGACACACACUGAAUUUACUGUCUGGGGGAUAGAUCCUUGAAUAUCCCCAACCCUUCAACUGGCAACAUGAGCUGAAGGAGUCAAUCCUGUGAGCCAUAUUUUGCUGAUUUAAAUAGAAGCCCUUAAAAGUAUUUCCUGUUAUUUCAUUUAAAAAAACAAACAAACUCUGCAAGAGAUCAUCCCUGAUGCCCCUUAUUUCAGACCAGCCUCUCCCACCCUCCAUUUCUACAAUAGUAUGCCAAGUUUGAAAACAUCUGGUGGUGUGGUGGUAAGAAGAGGUGGUAAAAAGAGGACCAGAGUUCUCAUACUCACCCUGCUGUGUCUGCUCAGGUAUAAACCCACGAGUGAAAUCAGGGCGUUUUAUGAAAAUCCUUCCCGACUACGAGCACAUGGAAUACAGAGAUGUUUACACCUGCCGUAUGUACCUUCCGUUGGCAAAUGUUUUUUGCGUUGUGUUAGCAUGGAGUGUGCCUGCUUCACCACUUAAUUGACAAGCUAAGCUUCCCAGGGCCAUUUGGGGGACGGAUAUGUUUUGAGAGCAGCGGGUGCCAAAUCCAGCAGACUAAGAAAGAAUGCUAACUACCACUGCUAUGUCAAGGUAUAAGAGUAAGCAGUGCUAGAAACAAAGAAGGUAGCAGUAGCUGUGGGUCUCUGGGGUUAUAAAAGUGCACUGAGGAGCAGAUGGGACCGUCUUGAGGGUGGAUAGAGUUUGGGUAGAGGCUUGUAGUCCCACUCACAGUUUUGUAUCAACACUAGGGGAAGGGGAUGAGACCCAGGAAGAUGAAAUGUUGGCAUCUCAAAAGAAACUGCUGAAAAGUGAAGUUUUCAGGAAGCAUCAAGUCAGGAACGGCUUGAUAGAAUUACAUUCCAGGUUAUUGCAGGGAAAGGCCUUCACAAAUCUACUCACAAGGGGCAAGGUUGCCCACGCCUAUGGCAAGAUGGACACCUAACAUCCUGUAGAUCCCUACCUCAGAGAGCUCACUCCAUUGCAUUUUUCAAGCAGGUAAGAUAUAGUAGGAGCCUUUUCUGAGCAGUGAAAAAGGAGUCUUGCUGCUGAUUUUGACCUUCUCCCUACCUUGCACAAUUGAGAGAAGACCUGGCCUAUCUCCCAAACCCCCUUUCCUUGCCAGGGGAUUGGACCAGAAGUAAGAGCCUACCUAAGUAAGCUAAGCCAGUAUCUGAGGACCCCUGACUGGGAAGUCCCUCCCAGUUGCUUCCUGGCUGUAGCAAGAAUACUGCUGUCUUUAAGCCAAGUGAGAAAACUUCUUGCUUCUCAGACGCUUCAGGUUACAGACUCCGCUAAUCCAGAAAUAGUACCUUGGGUUAAGAACUUUGCUUCAGGAUGAGAACAGAAAUUGCGCAGCAGCGGAAGGCCCCAUUAGCUAAAGUGGUACCUCAGGUUAAGAACAGUUUCAGGUUAAGAACGGACCUCCAGAACAAAUUAAGUUCUUAACCCAAGGUACCACUGUAGUUCAGAGGAAAGAGCCAUUGCCUCUAGCAUGAGACCCUUUUGAAUUGGGUCCCAAAGCAGUUCCUUUCUAACAAAGCAUCUCUGCCGUCCCAAAAAGAGAUUCAAGGGGAUGUAGAUCAGUAACUCAGGGUCCUCUAGAGCAGCAGAGAAAGCACUGGGAAAUUGUGACAUCUAUCCUGGGAAGCCAGAAACUUAUGGUCUUCCCAUGUAAGUGUGUGCUGUUUUUCCAUUUCAGCAAGGGUAGCAGUCCCUAAAACAUAAACUGGAAUUCUGAAAUUGAAUCCCAAUCUGCCAAUUGGCCACCCCUGUUCUAGUGGAAAUCAUGAAGCUUUUUUUUUUUUACCAAAGAACAGAAGGAAAAAAAUAUUGAGCAGCAACUCUGUGUUCCUAGCCCUUGGUAAGCUGCUUUCAUUCAGUGAGUUCUUCAUUGAGUCAUCAGGUUCUUGUGUGAGUUUGAUUGGAAAAUAAAUCAGUGGGUUUUUGAGAGUCACUGCUGGUACAUUCAUUUUGGUCCAAAUGGAUCUUGAGGCUGCCUAUUACAUAUUCAGCUCUGUAAAAUAAUAGUGAAAGGAGAGAAGCACAGUCUAAACAGUCUGGAGGUUUUAGACACUGUGAAAUAGAAACUUUAUUUUAUGAAAACAACUCCUUCUGUCUUGGGCAGCUGCUCAGAAAUCCACAUUACCAUAUAUUCACACUGCUCCAUCCACGUGAUGCUCACAUGCUUCUAGGUCAUGGGUUCCCCAAAAUGCCAAUUAACCCUCAGGAUGAAUAGUCUGUGGUUUUGCUUUGGGUAACAAAGAGCUGCAAGCCGGGCAACCAUUUAACAUACACAGCCUCCCCCAGAUUGGAAAUGCAAUGUUGGAAAAGGCUGCGUCUCUGGAAUUGUUGCUUCUUAAAGAAAUAAACACUGCCAGUAAGAUUGAAAUGCAUCAGAGCUGUGCAGGGGGACAGAUGUGCUCUUGUAAAAGGUCCCAUUUAGAAGUGCACAAGCUCCUAACCCUUUAUUCUGCCAUUUAUCCCCCUGACCACAUUAUUUUAUUUUAUUUUGCCUUGCCUUAUUUAUUAAAUUUGUAUGCUGCCCUAUACUCGUAGGUCUCAGGGCAGUUACAACAUGAAAUCACAAUAUAAAAACACAAAAUAUAUAAUAUAUAAUCAAAACAAAAACAACUCAAUAACACCCCCACUCCACAACACAUCUUAAAAGGGCAUUGGAUGUCAGUCAGCUCUAAAGGCCUAGUUAAAGAGGAACAUUUUUGGCUGGUGCCUAAAGUGUAUAAUGAAGACGCCAGACAAACCUUCCUGGGGAGAGCAUUCUAUAAAUGAGAAGCAACUGCAGAAAAGGCCCAUUCUCAUGCUGCCACCCUCUGGACCUCUUGUGGAGGAGGCACACAAAGAAGGGCCUCAGAAGAUGAUCUCAGGUAGGUUCAUAUGGAAAUAGGUGAUCCUUGAGGUACUGCGGUCCUGAGCUGUUGAAGGCUCUAUAGGUAUAAUUGCAAAAGUAUAUCUGAAACUUGGAUUGCUCAGUGCAUUAGUUUUGUGUGAAGCAGAUUCCUGACAUUGGCUGAGCUAAAGCUUUGUGUCAGGGUACCACCAUUGCAUGCCAAAGGGCCCAGGUUCAAACCCUGCCAUAUCCAGUUAAAAAAAAAAAAAAAGAUUAGGAAAGCAGAUGAGGGCAAGACCUCUGCCAGAGGCAGCUGCCAGUCAGAGUGGACAACAGUGAGCUAGAUGGAAAAACAGUUUGACCUGGUAUAAGGCAACUUCCUGUGUUUCUAUGAAUGGGAGCUAUUCCAAUGGCACAGUGGGCUUUUUACUUUAUGACAUAAGCUAAACUGUUGUGACAGGAACAUAUUUGGAAUGCUGUUUUCUGAAGUGAGCCUGCUUUUGGCUUGAUGAUAGCCUCUGAACUGGGCUGUAAAGCAGGUAGGCUGGGAACUUGUGGCAACCUUGUCCUGUGGCAACCUUGCCCUUGAGAAGCAAUGGGAUGGAUGAGCUUGGGUGCGCUACAGGAGACUCUUUUGGUGUUCCUCUGGCUUAGUGACUGAUUUACAUGGGUAGUUUUUGAUUUCUUUAAAAGUGCUAAGGCUCAGUCUUGCUUAGUUCCCCCAGUCGUAUGGGGAUAUGAACUAUGCUGACUCAGUGGGUGGCAUCCAGUAGUAACUCUGCCGAGAAUAGGCCAGUUGAAGUUAAUAGACAUGACUAACUUAGGUUCAUUAGUUUCAGUGGGUCUUCUCUGAGUAGACUUACAUUCCAGUGACUCUUCAGUCACACUUCCUGCAAGGAAUUGGAAAGUGAGGCUAGUCACCAUUCAGAAAUAUAGGAAGCUGCCUUAUACCAAAUCAGAUCAUUAUUCUCACUUAUUACUGUCUACACCAAUUGGCAGUGGUUCUUCAGGGUUUCCCAGCUGUACCUGGAGAUGAACCUAGGAUAUUUUGCAUGCAAAGUGGAUGCUUUAAAGCAGUUGGGGCCUGCCUCUGUUUGACCAAUGAGCAUUACAGAUGCUAGAAGCAAAGCUUUUAGUAUUUGACAGCUGCUUCUUCCAGCUUGGGAAUCCCAAAUAAAAACAGAAAGAAGUGCCUUGCCCAGAUGAUUGCUGACCUAUUGAAACAGAGUGCUCAUCAAAAUAAUGCAUUGUCUCAUUCACGUUAAUAUUUUUAUUUUGAAAUUGUGCUUCUGAUUUCCACAGCUACAACUGUGUUCUGUCCUGUGUUCAGUUGCCUCUCAUUCCUCCCUAACUUUAGGCAGAAUAGCCCCAGAUAACCCCUUCCUUCUUAACUCCAUUCUGCUGUGAGAGGGAGAGUUUCAGUGAAGUGUCUCAAAAGUUCAGGGGGACCUUGAUACUCACAGUGGUAUGUUUGCGUGACUUAACGUAUUGUCUUGAGCAAACCCUCUCUGUGAGGAUUGUCAGUUUUCUUAGAAAGCAGCUCAUAAACAUCCCUUUGGUGAAAGCCUUUUCCUUUGCAGAGGCCUCCCUUGCAAAGGGCAUGGUGACAUUGUCCCUUAUUUUGACCAAGGCACUGCUUUAACUGGCGUCUCCCUUGAGUAGUGUAAUGUUAACACCCUGACCUCUUUAAUGCAGAAUAUGUUUCUGAUGACUGCAGUGGUGCUGAAAGAGCCUUCUCUACCUUUUUUACUUUUACUUUAGUUAGAGAUUUCUCCCUUGGGGGUGGAAGCAUAGUUUGAAGGCCCUUUAAACUCCUAGGGGAGGAGCCCAUUUCCUCUUCUCAGUGUUGGCUCUCAGUGGAGCCUCCCCCAGCUUGCAGGACAGGCAGGCGAGAGAUGAUUUGGACAAGGAUCAAGUGCCAGCACCCUUCUCCCUGCCUGAGACAUGGCUGAGGGCGAAAGAGCAGCAGUCAGCACCACUGAAGAGGGCAGUGCUACAAGCUGUGAAUUUUGGGCAAAGAGAGGGAAAAGCAGGAAGGUUCCCUGGUGCAACAUUUCUCUCCCAUUGCCAGAGCUGAAGAAGCCAAAGGAGGGGCUAAAAAAGAAAAGCGUGAAGUUGGGAAAUCCAGGACCAUAUCUUUGGAUGGCUUUUCUCAAAGCUUAAAAGCAGUGGUAGGGGAAGGGGCUCAGUUAGGUAAAGGCAGGAGCACAGUGGGAGGGGAUGUUCCCUGAUCAAACACACACACCCAACUGCUAUUUACCAUACUGAAGAGAAAUCUGUGUAUUUGUCUCUUACACACUCAGCAAAAUUAUUAGCAGAGGGAAGGGUUAACUAGGGAAAUGACAUAGAGGGAUGGGCUUUAAGAAAUCUUCUUCCCCACCACUACACUACACUCUGCUGCUCUGAUCCAGUUUGUUCCCCAAGCUGCUUCUCAGUUCUCAUUUUAAACUGAGAGAUACGCCUUUGUUAUCUCUGAGAUUCCCAUUAAUGUUGAAGGGAGAUCUUGACUGUCCUGCAGUCCUUCCUCUUCCCUGUGUUUUGCACAGGGAAUAAAUUGUACAAAAUGAGUAGAAUAGGUGCAAGGGGUUCUUUGAUUUGCAUGAUACACCCAGGGCAUAGAAUCUUGGUAUCUGGAUUUAUUGCCAAGUACACACAGCCCUGCUGUACAGGGAGCUCUUUGACACCACUGAAACUCUCCCUUUGCUUCAGUAUUUCCCCUCCCUUUAGCUUUUUGUGUACCAUUUGAUUAUCUCUUGCUUUUUCUUCAAUUCUCCAGUGCUCCACAGAUACCGGCACAUCUUGGGACUCUGGCAGCCAGACAUCGGACCAUAUGGGGGGCUGUUGAACGUAGUGGUGAGUAUAGAGGCUCUGCCAUGUUGCAUAGAGCAGGGGUUUGUUCAAGGUGCUACAGUGACUGAAAAGAAAGACUCUCCUUACUUUGUCUGUGACAGGUAGAUGGCUUGUUCAUUAUUGGCUGGAUGUACUUGCCCCCACAUGACCCUCAUGUGGAUGAUCCAAUGAGAGUCAAGCCGCUCUUCAGGAUCCACUUAAUGGAAAGAAAGAGUGCCACAGUGGAGUGCAUGUAUGGCCACAAGGGACCCCACAGUGGGCAUAUUCAGGUGAGCUACCUAUCCACUCUGCCGCAGCUGCAAAAUGAAGACUUGUUUUUUAAGGCCUUCUGUGCCAGUGUAAUUUUUAGCCUGUUUGUGGGUCUGUUUUCAUUGAGGAUUUAUGCCCUGUAAUGCUUAAUACUGCUGUUUAAUAUCUACAGAUUGUGAAAAAGGAUGAGUUUUCAACAAAGUGCAACCAGACGGAUCACCACCGAAUGUCAGGAGGAAGGCAAGAGGUAGGCCCUGUGUAAUGAAGAUACCCUGAGCUGCUUUUCAGCCUGUUGGAUGUUUACUACUUUAAAGCAGGGGUUGUCAACUUGUUGUGCCCCCCCCAUAUAGUGUACUUUAACGCCCAUUAGCCCCAGCAGGGAUAGGAUUCAGGGUUUCUUGUGUAAACUUCCCAUGGCUUAGAUUUCUUCCCCCAGCACCUGGAAGCUAAAGGUCACUUGUUGAUUCAACCGUCAGCUGCUGUCCAGGUGCUUCAGUGUCAUUCAAUGUGGUCUGUGCUUUGCAUUGCUAGCCAGGGAGUGACUUAUAGCUCCCUUGAGUUGGGCUCUUAAAGAACUGAAACUUUUAUUGCUCUGGCCACAAUCCAAAGGAUCGCGCAGCUAACAGAAAGCUAUGUUCUAUAUGCAUUUCUCCCCAUACUGCCUGGCAAACAACUUUCAAAUCUUAUGGGAGAAAUGCACAUGGAACAUAACUAUCUGUUUGCAAGGAGUGGUGGUGGUAUGCCUUGACCCCAUCUCAUUUAAUAUUAUAAGGCUGCUUCUGAAAAUGGAGCAGAGGAAUGAGGGAGAGAUUGCACACAACCUCUGGUGUGACCUUUGGGCACUCCUGUUUAAAAUAGAGAAGGCAGGAAAAUGCUGUUCCACCUUUCCCAGGAAAACCUUGAGACGAAGGUUCCAAGAGAAGGGAGACCUGCUCUAAGACGAGCUUCCAAUGUCUUCUUUAUAUAAACAUUGUUGAUGUAAGCACUGAAAACUUGGCCAUUAGCAAAGUUACCACCAGCAACUGUUAAUCUGAGAUAGGGCUUUUUCAACAUAUGUGGUAAUUUAGUGCCAUUGGGAAGGAAGUUAACUCACAGAAUGUUUUAUUUCAGUCUUAAUUGCACAUGUGCAGGCCUAGGCAUGUGCACAGGCACACAGAGAGGCUUGAUGAAUUAGGCUCUGUUGCCCUGUAUUGACUAGGGAGGAAGAGACAGUUAUCUGCGAUUGGGGAUUAAAGCCACAGUUGGCAAUGCAGAGUUAAGGCUGAAAUGCUACUGCUGUGCUCUGGCACGAAUAUGCCUCAUGAUCGAGCAGCUCAUUGUCAAGAAGCAAGCAGGGCUGGGAAUUUGUGGGGGUGGGGUGAAAAAUCCUCUUCCACGGCUGACAAGUAAUCAUGCUGUCUGCAGCAAGAUCAUUAGGAUGAAUUAGGCUAUCCGUAUCCUCUGAGGGUUCAAUGCGUAUCGUAACACUAAAACGAUGCCGUGCUUGCAGAAGCAGAUUCUUUUUUAUUCUUCCAUCUUAAAGCAAAUGCUUGAAACAAAGCUUUGGAAAUGUGUGUAAGAGAUGGCUUCUCCACAGUUCAGUGUUUUCCACUGCGACUCCACAUGAUGGUGUCAUUCUUCUGAAAGUACUGUGUGCCUUUUCCUCCACCUGUCUGUUCCACCACCUGAAACAGAAAAUCUAACAAAACAAAACAACUGUUGGGGGCAAGGGAUUCAUUUACAAUAGUCUGGAAGAUCUGCUGUGGUUUCACAGUCAACAAUGGCCUUAAGAAGGCUUGUGUCUGGAAGCACCCAGUUAUUGUGUUUAAAUGAGUGAAAUCAUUCUGCCUUUGGCUCUGCAAACAGAUCAGUUUAUGGAUCAUCUGUUUGGAAUUCUAGAAUUUGUAGUCCAGUAACAGGAAGGGGCAUUUAAUGGGUGAGCAGCUUGAUGAAAGCAGAGGAAAGCAAUUGCCUCUUGUCCAUAUCUACCUGUGCUUUCUUACUGGAGGAAGGGGCCCCAGGCAAUUGCAACUCACUGACUUUGCUUCUCUCUUUGGGGUGCUGUUGUAGGAGUUCCGGACAUGGCUGCGAGAGGAAUGGGGGCGGACUCUGGAAGACAUCUUCCAUGAGCACAUGCAAGAGCUCAUCUUGAUGAAGUUCAUCUAUACCAGUCAAUAUGAGUAAGAGGACCCUUCUUUCCUCCUCCUGCUUCUGCAGUCAAAAAGAGAGAGAAAAAUCUGUAUUUUUAGAAUAAAUUGUUCAAGUAAAGUAGUACAGUUGCAAACUCCCCAAACAGUGAUAACAUUUGAAAGGGAAGGGGUGCACUAUCUAGGUGUGGUUGCUUUUUGCUUCAGAGAACAGUGGAGACUUACGAUGCCUUUGUAAUCAUCGUAAUUCCUUCUAGUUCCAAUGUUCUGGUUUACACGCCAUUGUUUAUGUACACUAAACAGUACCAUCCAGUCACAAGAUCAGGAGGUAUCAGCAGACUUGGGUGAGCCCAAAGGUUUGCAGAAGUAUUAUUAUUAUCAUCAUCAUUAUUAUUAUUACCUCACCUUUUUACCUAGUGGGACUCAAGGAAGCUUACAGAUAAAAAUAAUGAAUUGGUUUGUUUUGGCAAAUUCUGUUCCCCAUCUUCAAAAGGUGGGUACAGAGGGAAGGCCAAACGUGCACAGCACCAUGGUUUUCAACCAUCUCCCUACCAGAAACUCACUCUGCUAAUUUGAGUCCCUUUCAGAUUCUGCUCACGCAUGGCAAAGCUGCAUUCAACAUGCAAGAGAGCUAGAGUUUUGAUUUUUGAAGGCAUCAUUGCUUUUAAAACAGAGAAGGUGAUCUAGUCAGAUGCCAAACUGUAUGCCUUGUCAGUGAUUCAGAGAUUGCACCAAACAGGUGGUGGCCUACCUGCAUUAUAUCAAGCUGUGGUUCUUUUUAAUAUUCCAGCAACUGCUUGACAUACAGACGCAUCUACCUCCCUCCACGGAGUGCCGUUGAUCUCAUCAAGCCAGGCCUUUUCAAGGGGACAUAUGGGAGCCAUGGUCUUGAAAUAGUCAUGCUCAGCUUCCAUGGAAAAAAGGCCAAAGGAACUAAAAUCACAGUGAGCAUCUGGCUUUCCCUGUUCAAGUAUGUAUUGUCACUGUUGCCAUGCCAAACAAAAUGAUCAAAGGAAUGGAGCAACUCCCAUUUGAGGAAAAGGGUUGCAUCGUUUGGGACUUUUUAGUUGAGAAAAAAGCAAGAAAGAGGUGGCAAGAUAGAAGUUUAUAACAUUAUGUACAGCAUAAUGUACAGCAUGGCUUCCCAAGUUCUAGAUCACGACUAAACACUACAUUACACCAGCUCUCAAUGAGUAAACAAAUAGUACAGCUUCUUAGACUAGCAGGGCAAAGGAAGUGGGCAAGACCUACUGAAAGUGAUGAACAGAGUGGAGAAGAGAGAUUUGCUAGUACCACAAUAUACAGGCAAGGCAAGGCACAGUAGUUCAGGAUGUGUUCUGUUUCAAAUAAGGGUUUGGGGAAGGGAACGAGGAGAAACUGAUUUGGCAAGGAUGAGGAGGCUGUUCAAGGCACUGGAAUGGGAUGGAGUCAGUGGCAAUUAGCAUUCAUAGCAAAGUCAUUCUGCUCUCUUUCCUUCCUGCCUAUCCUCCAGGGUGACCCUAACAUCCCAGCUGGCCAGCAGACAGUGGAGAUUGACCUGGCGCAUCCCAUCCAGCUGCCUGAUAUUGAAAACCUGAGCAAUUUCAGCGAACUCUCCCGCAUUGUCCUGGAAGUGCAGGAGCAGGUGCGGCGAGAGCAGCAGCAGGAGGAGGAGGCUGGCCUUGAAAAGGAGCACCAGCCGCAGGCCCAGGAAGAGGAAGAGGAGCAGCCACAGCCAGGCCCCUCUCAGCAGGAAGCAGGCAGAGGAGCAGAAGGCCCUGCAACUGAAGAGGGAGCCGUGGCCCAGGGAUCUCCCCCAGCCUCAUGCCCUUUUGUGCUGCCUGGUGGCAUUGCAUCCAGGAAUGAGGAUUACCCUCGGACCUGCAGAGCAUGGUAAAUACGAAAAGCCAAGAGUUGUGUUUCAAGGGGCAUCCCUGGAGGAUGUGGAGCAAAUUGCCCAUGAAUAUCCUUUGGGCUUCUGUCCAGUUCAACCAGACCCAAUAUUUUAUAAAGUAUUUGCUCCCAGAAAAGAAAAUAUUCUCUCCUCUCCCCUCAUUUAUUUAAUUCAGUGUAUGACAGAAGCUCCAAUUAUUAUGAUUUCUGCCCUUCCCUUUAAAAAGAAAUUUUACCCAAGGUGACUUAAUAAUGCAUUUAUAAGGCAAUUCCUAAACUCUGCCAGUUCAUAAAAUACGAUGAAAGCAUUACCAGAUCAUAACAUUAUAACACCAGAAAAUAACAAAGCAAUAAUAAAGCACAAUUUAAAAUAUAUUUUUUUUAAAAAAUAUGGUGGAAAUAAAAAUUGUUUAAUGCAGCAAAUACAAUAUUAUUGAAGAGAGAGAAAGAGAAGCACAAAAUAACCCCACCUCCAGCCCUUUCCAGGAGAUCCAGUCUUUCCAAGAAAAGAGCUGCUACUUCUGGUUGGAGCUAUUAGCAUAUAUUGGAUUAAUGCUUUUUAGAGGAGACAGGGAGCUUGAAACUCUGGAAGUCACAUAGCAUAGGCCUUGCAAGGACAUGUUAAUUCUUGGAAAUCUCUGUGUCAACAUGGAAGCCAGGUAACCUGGCAGUUCUGUUUGAUGGGGCAAGGUGUGUGAUGCCUGGAUUUUCCUGUGGGAGGUAUAUCACUGCAUCCUUUAUUUUCUUUUGUUCUUAGUUUCUACGGCACAGGGCUCAUAGCUGGCCAUGGCUUCACCAGCCCUGAGCGAACACCUGGCGUCUUUGUCUUGUUUGAUGACGACCGUUUUGGCUUCAUCUGGCUGGAGCUGCAGUCUUUUAGUCUCUACAGCCGCAUCAAGGACUCCUUCCAGAACGCAGAUGCUCCCUCGCAGGAGGCUUUCGAUGAAAUGUUGAAGAACAUCCAGUUACUUACAUCAUGA